AUGCAACAUAAUAAACAAGCUAUCAAAGACUUUAUUACUUACUGUCGAAAUCAUGACUGCUUGUCACCAGCAUAUAUUGACCGUUUUGAGAAAGAAUACAAUUCUCGACCAGCUAUUUGGUGGUAUACUUUCCCAUCCAAUAUCUAUUCUAUGCUCAAUUAUGGUCUUCGAACAUUGGAAGCCGAUAUAAUUAUUACUAUGGGAUUUUUCCUACGUCGUCUACAUCAAGAAAUUCAGCAAUUAUACGAACAACAGGUUAAUAGCUACGAUAAAAAGCCUUUUUUAGUCUAUCGAGGACAAAGUCUUACGGAAUCAGACUUUGAAAAACUUCAAAAAACAAUAGGUGGACUUAUGUCAUUUAACAAUUUCUUGUCUACCAGUAAAGAUAAAGAAGUGUCACUCCAAUAUGCUGAAUGUGCUUCGACAACACCGAAUACGGUGGGCAUUCUCUUUAUAAUGUCCAUUGAUCCUUGUAUUAAAUCAACACCAUUUGCCUCCAUAAAAGAGAUGAGUUAUUUUAAUGAAGAAGAUGAAAUUCUCUUCUCAAUGCACACCGUCUUUCGAGUGGUUGCAAUUAGACAAAAGGACAAUGACAAUCAACUUUAUGAAGUUGAAUUACAAUUGACGUCAGAUGAUGAUCAACAGCUACAUUUACUUACUGAUCGAAUACGAAAAGAAGUUCACGGUACUGGAUGGCAGAAAUUGGGUGACUUAUUGCAUAAAAUUGGUCAAUUUCAGAAAGCUCAAGAACUGUAUAACGCACUACUCGAGCAGACAUCUGAUGAGGGUGAAAAAGCGCUUUAUUAUAAUCAGCUUGGAUUUGUUCACUCAGACCUAGGUGAUUACGGAAAGGCUAUUUGGUAUUUCGAACAAAGACUUGAAAUUGGACAAAAAACUCUUCCUUCAAAUCAUCCUCUACUGGCUAGCUCAUACGGCAACAUUGGUUCAGUGUAUGGCACCAUGGGAGAGUACUCGAAAGCACUUUCAUAUUACGAGAAAACCCUUAAAAUUCAACAAAAAACUCGUUCCUCAAAUCAUCCUUCACUGGCAACUUUAUACAACAACAUUGGUUUGGUGUAUAAAAACAUGGGACAGUACUCGAAAGCACUUUCAUAUUACGCAAAAGCACUAGAAAUUCAACAAAAAACUCUUCCUUCAAAUCAUCCUUCACUGGCUACUGCAUACAACAACAUCGCUAGUGUACAUGACAAGCGGGGAAAAUACUCGAAAGCAUUGCCGUUUUACAAAAAGGCACUUGAUAUUCAACAAAAAAGUCUCCCUUCAAAUCAUCCUGAUUUGGGUAUUUUACACAAUAACAUAGGGAUGGUCUGUAGUAAUAUGGGAGAAUAUUCGAAAGCACUUUCAUCUCACGAAAAAGCACUAGCUACUUACAAAAAAAACUCUUUCUUCAAAUCAUCCUCUAUUGGCUAA